AUGGAACCCCUAGGCAGAGCUCAGGUACUACUUCAAUGUGACCUAUGUCAAAGCACUGUUUUACAGAGUCAUUGUGAAAUUUGUCAGAUUAACUUGUGUAGGGACUGUGUUGGGGAACAUCUCUCUGAUUCAUCACAAAGACACAAUGUUAUACCGUACAAAUAUAGAUUUCCUGCCCCUUACUACCCAAAAUGUCCUGACCACAAUACACAUUGUGAGUUUUAUUGUGAAGAAUGUGACAUUCCUGUCUGCUCUACCUGCAAAUCCUCUGAUAAACAUCAUGGGCAUAUAUUUACAGAUGUUUUGAAAAAAGUACAUUCUAAGAGAAAAGAAUUAGAACACGAUUUUGAAGAACUAGAGGUACGAAUAAAUCCUACAUUUGAAGAAAUUACCCUAGAUUUUAACUCCGAGAAAACAAAAUUUGAAAACCAUUAUGAGAAUCUGACAACAGCUGUCACUGAACAAGAGAAAAACUUUCAAAGGGAAAUUAACAUCAUUGUUAAGAAACAGAAAUCUGAAAUUGAUGAGAUGAAAAACAAACACCUGGUUGCUCUUAAUGAACAUUCAGAAGAAAUAAAACAUAUUACGUCAGAUAUAAAGCAGAGUAUUCUGGAUCUAAAGAAAAUAUUAGACUCCGAUGACGUAUCUCUAAUCUCUGCUUACAAAUCAAGGAAUGAUGAAUUUAGAUGUUUGCCUCCUAAAGUCAAUGUUUCCUUACCACGUUUCUCUCCUAAUCAAAUAGAUACGGAACAACUCCAUCAAACUUUUGGUUCUCUGUCAGCAAUAUCCAUUACAAAAGAAGCACAUAGCAACACAUUAGAGACCCCAGAAGCUGCAUCCUGUCCCCAAGCCAAACCACUACUUGAUGCAGCCGAGGUUAUCACCAGCAUACAAACAAAGUUUACAAUCUUACAGAAUGUUUCCUGUCUCAGUGACAAUGAAAUCUGGACACAUGGUAUGGAAAAUAUCAUGAAACUCUACAACCUCCGGGGUGAAAUAAUUAAAUCAAUCAAAACCCAGUCAGGAAACAAUCCACGUGACAUAACAGUGACAAGAAAUGGAGAUCUGGUCUAUGUUGAUAUUGAAAUAAGUACUGUUAACAUAGUGAAGAAUAAAGAGAUUCAAGAAAUUAUUAGAGUUCGGGGAUGGAAACUUCAUAAUAUUUGUGGAACAACCACGGGCGACCUCCUGGUCACCAUGGACAGUGAUUUUCGUGAACAUGCAAGGGUUGUCCGUUACUCUGGUUCUACGGAGAAACAAAUUAUUCAGUUUGACAGUAACGGUAAAUCUUUGUACUCACAUGGUUAUACGAAAGAUAUAGUUGAGAACAGGAACCUUGAUAUCUGUGUGGCUGACUAUGAAGCAAAGGCAGUAGUGGUCGUCAACCAAGCUGGAAUCUUCCGAUUUAGAUACACUGGACAUCGCCCUUUUACCUCAGAACCAUUUGAUUUCAUCGGAAUCACAACAGACAGCCAGAGUCGCAUCCUGACAUCAGACCGCAGAAACAACUGUAUCCACAUCCUAGAUCAAAACGGACAGUUACUCCUUUAUAUUGAUAAUUGUAAUCUACAUUUACCAUGGGGUUUAAGUGUUGACAACAGGGACCACCUCUUUGUUGCUGAAUGUCACAGUCAUAGAGUGAAAAAAAUCAAAUACACGUAAAUAAUUCAA